AUGCUGCUUGCAGAUUCGAUUGAAAGCACCAAGACGUUGGUCCAACAGUAUAUAAAAAAAAAAUCCAAUGAAGCGGAUAAACAGGAAAACAUCUUGCUUUCUCCCGCCGCAAUUGACCUCGAUUCCACCGAGUUAGUGUCUAUCAUCGACAAGAUCCAUAUACUGCCAAAACUAGACAUCUCCGAGUCUGAUACCGAUGUCAAAACACAAGCCGACGACUUCUUGUCCUCGGCAAAUACCCUGGCCAAAAUCUUCUGUUUGGAUAUGGGUCUUUCUCUUGUUGCAGACGUGUAUCUUAAUGAAAUACGACUUAACUUGUCGAACGAAAGCCUCGAGAAAACAGACUUCCAAGGCACUGAAAUCGAUAAGGAGCUGCUCUGUGCCGUCGAAAAGCUCUCGCUUCUUUUCGAUACAAUUUUGCAUCUCUACAAGGCUGGGGGUCUUCCGGCAGUAAAGAAUAGCUUCUACUCUAUUCUUCAGACAGUACUGGAGACGCUACUUCUUGUAUCUACAGAUGCAAUUGGUGUUUUCUGGAAUUACAUGGAGUCUCGGAGGGAUAUCAUGUCUUCUGGGUUCUUCGAUGCAAACUCUCCGCUGGAUAGAAUAGCGUUGUUGAAGAUAUGUAAUGGCUUGACCGAUAUGUACUACGAAAGAAAUAGCAGCGGGAAGUAUGACUCGUACGAAAAAGAUACUUUCAGCGAUGUAUUCCAGGCGAGGGUGCGCGCAUUUGUGACUUCCAUCUUUAACUUCGACGAUGCUACAGGCCUCAAUAAGCUUCUCAUGUUGGCUCGAAGAACCAACAAGGAGCCCCAUCUUGGCCCCUCGAAAACAAGCGACGGCCAUCUCCUACGUGACAUCUUGUCCUUCCAGCGCCUCCUUCGCGAUCCGUACACCUUUCUUAAAAACCCACGUCUUCUCUCGUCGCAGGUGGAUGCCAUGUCCCGAUUAUCUGCGUAUUUUCUAGACGAAGAAGGGCGGUACGCCAAAAUCCAUCCGCCAAGAGAUCUUUUUGCGGUGAAGCCUGAAACAUCCGCAUCUACCCAAGGCGACCAGAAGACAGAUUUGAUUUUCUCUCCCGAACAAUACUGGCUCUCUGCGUUCGCACAAACUGCCACUUCUGAAGAACUAGAGGCCAUCAAAAACCAGGAUGAAAAAUACGCUACAAAGAGAUUCGAUCAGAGCAAAUUCAGGAAACUCCUCUUGGUCCAAUUGUUCAUGGUGUCUUGUUUCUUUCUGGAGUUACAGGCUUCCAGGAAGCUGACCAUGCUCAAAAGUACAGACAUCCCCGCUAGCGCCAAACACAUAAUUGAUGAGACUACCCCGGAGCACUUGGCCGUCAAGUUUCAAAAGAUGAAGCGCGAUAUAUUGCACCAAAUAAGGUCUUGCAACACCCUGUUGCUGUUCAUUCUCCAGCACCUGAGCCACUCCGAGGAGUAUUGGUGGUCCUGGCUUAUUGAUGGAAAGCAGAAAGGUGGCUCAACUCUUGUGUCUUUUGAUGAUUUUACGGAAAAGGACAUAGCUGAAACGCAGCAGAAAUUUGAUGCAGCCGCUCCGUACAAAACAAAGCGCUACUUCAAUACUUACGCUACUCCACAGCUUUCAAGACGUAUGAAAGUCCAGACUGGACUAGCCCUACUCGAAACAAGCCACGCAGAACCUCUAGAUCCUUCUACUGAGAUCGAGGGCCUCAAGAGCCAAAUUGUAAACACAGAGGACGAGAAUUUGCGCCAGCAUCUCAUAGAUCAGAAAGAUAUACUUGUCUGGAAAAAGAUCAAGGACGCACGUUCGAGGGAUUGGCUACUGUUGAACUCCGUAUUGGAUCCUGCUGACCUCACUGACGAAAGAGUGACACUAGAUGACCGGAAGAAAGACCAAGCCGAUCCUGCUGACAUGGACGUGGACGACGAAAAGAAAGACCCAGUCGAUUCUGCUGACAUGGACGUCGAUGACGAGAAAGCUACAGAGCCCGCACAAGUGGAGGCUUUUCAAGAAAACAAAGACUCUAAUGACACAAUCACAGAACAAACCACAAACGAAUUGACACCUUCUGAGGACCUUGCGCCCAACACCACUGCCGCCUUAUCGUCAGAGAGUCCGUUGACCACCUCUCCUAAGAUUCCAUCUGAGCUUGUUGGGCUCUAUGGAAACGAUACAAGAGUAAACACGAUCGAUAAAGAUUCUACGAUUCCUACACCUCUCGAGAGUGUGAACACUGAAGCACUGGCUGCAAAUGAAGAUGACCCUGUACAUGCUCUCUCAGCUGAACCCGGGCCAGAAACCACACAAACACCAGCCAAAAGAGCAGCGCCAGAAGAACCAGCCGACGGACAAGAAAAUCCAAAACGACAAGCGACAAGUCCAAAAUAA